CGAGUCACUCGGACUGCUUUUAUUAUAAUUUCUUUUCUUCCCUCAGCUUUUACUUUUCUUUCUUUCACUUUUUGUGCCCUCGUGAUACCCUUCUCUUCUACAUAACCUCUCUCUUUCUCUCUCCCUCCGCACAGACACUGUUUUUAACUCUCUUUCCCUCGCUUUCUAUCUUACAUGGAAUCUCACCGGAAAACCGCUUCUUGUUUUGUCCAAAACCGGCAUCAAAGACCACCCAUCAAACCCGCCUUAUAAGGAGAACGUCAUAUUCAAUCCUUUUGGCUCGUUUUAUUUUCCUCGGGGGUGUUAUUCCAAUGGCGCUAGUUUUUGACUGUGUUUCUACUUUGUUAACUUUCCUUCUUCUAUUGCUGAGUCACGGCCGAGUUAACUCAGAGCCCGUACAAGACAAGCAAGCCCUCCUUGCGUUUCUCUCCCAAGUUCCUCACGCUAAUCGUCUCCAGUGGAACCAGUCUGACUCUGCUUGCAACUGGGUUGGUAUCGUCUGCGACGCUAAUCUCUCCUCUGUUUAUGAGCUCCGCUUACCCGGUGUAGACCUUGUUGGCCCGAUACCAUCGAAUACCCUUGGCCAAUUAUCUCAACUCCGAGUUUUAAGUCUCCGGUCGAAUCGUCUUUCCGGUCAGAUCCCUUCCGAUUUCUCUAAUUUAACUCUCCUCCGCAGCUUAUACCUUCAAAACAACGAGUUUUCCGGUGAAUUCCCGCCGAGUUUGGUUGGGCUAACUCGGUUAGCUCGUCUUGACCUUUCGUCAAACAACUUCACUGGGUCUAUUCCAUUUGGCGUCAACAACUUGACACAUUUGACACGUCUUUAUUUACAAAACAACAAUUUUUCAGGCACAUUACCCAGUAUUAAUCUGUCAAGUUUAAACGACUUUGAUGUAUCCAACAACAGCUUAAACGGUUCAAUUCCGUCAGAUUUAACUAGAUUCCCAGCUGCUUCUUUCGUUGGAAAUGUAAAUCUCUGUGGUGGCCCAUUGCCGCCGUGUUCUCCAUUUUUUCCUUCACCGUCCCCAGCACCUUCAGAAAACACUUCACCGCCAUCGCUAAAUCAUAAAAAGUCAAAAAAACUAUCAACUGUUGCGAUUGUCUUAAUCUCAAUAGGCGCUGCUAUAAUUGCAUUUAUACUCUUAUUACUGCUGGUACUAUGUCUAAGGAGGAGAAAAAGGCACCAGCCCCCAAAGCAACCAAAACCAGCGGCCGUCUCGACAGCAGCACGUGCAGUGCCAGUGGAGGCAGGAACAUCGUCAUCAAAAGACGACAUAACCGGCGGUUCAACGGAGGCAGAGAGGAACAAGCUAGUGUUCUUCGAAGGGGGGAUUUACAGUUUCGACUUGGAGGAUUUGCUAAGAGCGUCAGCAGAAGUGCUGGGGAAAGGAAGUGUAGGAACAUCAUACAAGGCUGUUCUGGAAGAAGGGACUACCGUUGUUGUUAAAAGAUUAAAAGAUGUUGUUGUGAGUAAAAGAGAAUUCGAAAUGCAAAUGGAGAAUCUUGGGAAGAUUAAGCAUGAUAAUGUUGUUCCAUUAAGAGCCUUCUAUUAUUCCAAGGAUGAGAAGUUGCUCGUUUAUGAUUUCAUGGCCGCUGGUAGCUUAUCUGCUCUUCUUCACGGGAGUAGAGGGUCAGGGAGGACGCCGCUUGACUGGGAUAACCGCAUGAGAAUAGCAAUGAGUGCAGCAAGAGGUUUAGCACAUCUUCACGUGGUAGGAAAAGUGGUCCAUGGGAACAUCAAAUCCUCCAACAUCCUGCUCCGACCCGAUCAGGACGCAGCCAUAUCAGACUUCGCGCUCAACCCCCUUUUUGGCACUGCAACUCCACCCAGUCGCGUUGCAGGGUACCGAGCACCAGAAGUAGUGGAAACCCGUAAAGUCACAUUCAAAUCAGAUGUUUACAGUUUCGGGGUCUUACUACUAGAACUCUUGACAGGAAAAGCACCAAAUCAAGCGUCAUUAGGUGAAGAAGGCAUUGACUUGCCUAGGUGGGUCCAAUCUGUGGUUAGAGAAGAGUGGACAGCUGAGGUGUUUGAUGUGGAGUUGAUGAGGUAUCAUAAUAUUGAAGAAGAGAUGGUGCAGCUGUUGCAGAUAGCAAUGGCUUGUGUUUCUACGGUGCCUGAUCAGAGACCUGCAAUGCAAGAGGUUGUUAGAAUGAUUGAGGAUAUCAAUAGAGGAGAAACUGAUGAUGGGUUAAGGCAGUCUUCCGAUGAUCCAUCUAAAGGAUCAGACGGUCAUACUCCUCCUCAGGAAUCUAGGACCCCGCCUAGUGGUGUCACACCGUAAGGUAAAAAAAAAAAAUAAUAAUAAGAAAGGCAAUGUGGUGGUGGGUCUGUUCUUGAAAUGUGCACAUAGUGCGUAAGUAACAGUGGUAAAGUGCGCAUUUGAUCAAAGGGAAGAAAUGUGUUGUAAGGGUUUUCUUUUUCUUUUUCAUUUUUUUUUCUUGGGUUUAUUUUUUUUAUUCUGCAACAUUUUUACAGGUGGGGAAAUUUCAGAAUUUGAAUUGUUUCUAGAGAGGGUUGGGAAUGGGGGCUAGUUCGAUGGACUGAUUGGAAUUUGACCAAUUGAUGGAUGUAGUUGAGUUUUAUUUAAUUCUUUACUUUGGUAUAUCUUUUUAUUUAUAUAUAUAAAAAGAAGGGUACCCCACA